AUGAGUUUCUGGCUUGUCAUACUUCUUGUUAUUAAUUUGAUUAUUUCUGUCAACUGUCGCUGCGAUACAACUUCAACAGUGAGCACACUGUGUCCAAUUCUCUUCAGUCAUGGAUAUUUAUGCUCCACAAAGGUAUCUUCGCUGACCUCUCACAUCUCUUCUCAAACGCUGACUUACAACUCCCCGCCGGGGCUCAGGUCACCAGUCAGCCAGGGAGCAGUCCUCAGGAAUUCGUUUAAGUCGGGAGGGAAAAAGGGUAUUGCUGCAUCAGAAUCCUUCCCCAAGAUUACCUCCCCUCUCGACCCUGCUUCGUCACCCGCUCCCGUCGCCGAACCAACUCACACACAAUGUUGGUUGGAGCCGUACAAAGAGAGUCCUGCACAACCUUCCAUUCCACGAGAAGUCCCGGAGACGCGAUCGUCCGCCUUCCAUUCUCCCGGGUAUGAGACCUCACCCAUCUACACUCCAGCACCCACAGCCCACACACCUGUCAACCCUGUCAUAAAGCCAGACUGUAGCUUCGACCUGACUAGAUGCUAUGAAUCCACCGAUAUUCCCAAGACUUUCGCGACGCCACCUCAGAACGCGGCUCUGCACUGCCCCUUGCCAGCCCAGGACUUCUCCACCUCUGUCAUGUCCUCCAUGAAGCCAAAGUUCGGCGUCGAACCUGACGACUUUCAGCUGCGUAACUGGACUGAACCUAUCGAUAACUAG